UAUAAUCCGUCUAUUUCGUGAAACCCUUGCCCCCCUUCCCAUUCCCUCAGUCAGCAGGCAGCAGCAGAGCAGCAAAAAUGCCGCCGAAGUUUGACCCAUCUCAGGUUGUCGACGUUUACGUGAGGGUAACCGGAGGCGAAGUUGGUGCAGCCAGUUCCCUCGCUCCCAAAAUCGGACCUCUCGGUCUUUCUCCGAAGAAAAUCGGAGAAGACAUCGCCAAAGAAACUGCCAAGGACUGGAAGGGCCUCCGUGUCACCGUCAAGCUCACCGUCCAGAACCGUCAGGCCAAGGUCACCGUCGUGCCCUCAGCCGCGGCUUUGGUUAUCAAGGCGUUGAAGGAGCCAGAGAGAGACAGGAAGAAGACAAAGAACAUAAAGCAUAAUGGGAACAUCUCUCUUGAUGAUGUUAUUGAGAUUGCUAAGGUUAUGAGUGUGAGAUCGAUGGCGAAGGAUCUGAGUGGGACAGUGAAGGAAAUUUUGGGGACUUGUGUUUCAGUUGGGUGUACUGUUGAUGGGAAAGAUCCAAAAGAUUUGCAGCAGGAGAUUACUGAUGGUGAUGUUGAGAUUUCUGAAUGAUUGAGAAAUUGUUGCUCUUUUUUGGGUUUUUUUGAAGUUUCUGAAGGAUACCGUUUUAUGUUUUUGUUGUUAUGGUAUCUGGAUGCUUAAGGAUCUUUUUAAAGGUGAUAUACUACUUUUUUUAUUGAGGGUAUUUUUGCUUGUUGUC